UACAAACUUAGUACAAGUACAGUUUUUAAAACUGCACAAAUGUACGGAAACCACAAACAAAUCUGCUGCAGAAUAUGACACAUAAGGGACAUGGAAUGCCAAAAGAACGCAGUAAAAGCGAAUUGGGGCCGCACACCACUCAUAUGGAGUACUGCAUGAAGUUAACAACGCUUUAAAUGUCUGCAUACGGUGCCAAAGACAGUUGAUAGUUCUACCUAUGUUUAAAUUCUGAACUGUACUUAACAAUGGAUAUAGACGUGGUGCCCUUGUGGGUUAAAUUAGUGUUCAUCGUGUCAUGUUCAUUUCCAUUGGUCUUGGCUUAUCUCGAUAACAUGGAAUAUCUCCGCAAGUAUGGAUACCUGGAGCCAUCAGACGGACGUACAGGCAGCCUUCUCUCCGAGGAGUAUUAUAAGGAGGCGGUAGCCAAGUUCCAAAGGACAGCUGGUCUUCCAAUUACAGGGCAGAUGGACGAAGAGACAAGAGCAACGAUGCGCCUACCACGGUGUGGUGUCAAGGACACAGACGCCGGAACCGGAAACCAAGCGCGUCGCCGUAAAAGAUAUGCUCUUCAUGGAAGUAAGUGGCGAAAGCGGGAGAUUGCGUACCGUAUAUCCGAGUACUCGCGGAAGAUGCCGAUGUCUGUCGUUCAGUUUGAGCUGCAAAGGGCCUUUGACCUAUGGGCGGAUGUUAUUCCUAUCAGAUUCGUACGUCGAGAUUAUGGGCCAGUCGACAUCGAAAUUAAGUUUGUAACAGGUCACCAUGGGGAUAACACUCCCUUCGACGGAAGUGGUCAGACUCUUGCGCAUGCGUACUUUCCACAAUAUGGCAGCGACGCUCAUUUUGACGAAGAUGAAAACUGGACGGUUAAUAUUGCUGAUGGGGUCAACUUGUAUCAAGUUGCCGCCCAUGAGUUUGGCCAUUCGCUGGGCCUUGCUCACUCGGACGUCCGGACGGCUCUGAUGGCACCUUUCUAUCGUGGAUUUGACCUGAAUUUCAAGCUGGACAGGGAUGAUAUUAUGGCUGCACAAGAGCUCUACGGGUCCAAAGAAAACGUCGAUACCACCACGCAUGCGCAUGAAAACUGGAGUCCACGUGAAACACUCGUGCAUAUCCUAGACAUUUGCAGGAACGCUUCAAUUGAUGCGAUCACAAGAACGGAUGACGGCGUCACGUACGUUUUUAAAGGGGAGUACUAUUACCGCCUGAAUCACCAGGGCAUUGACAGUGGAUAUCCCCGGAUGAUAGAAUGGGACUGGGGUACUGUUAAAGGGCCAAUCGAUGCCGCUUUAACAUGGCCAAAUGGCUGGACUUUCAUUUUCAAAGGUAACCAGUAUUGGAAGUUCCACAACAUGGACAUGAAAUACGGUCCCAAGAAUAUCUCCGAGGGCUUCGACGGCAUUCCCAGCGACAUUGACUCGGCCUUUGUCUGGAGCGGCAACGGAAAAACAUACUUCAUUAAAGGGGAUAAAUAUUGGCGUUACUAUGGAAACCGAAUAGAUUACGGCUACCCAAGGGACCUGAAAAUUUGGCGAGGCCUUCCUGACCGUAUUGAUGCAGCUUUUCAGUGGAAAAAGGGCCGCACGUAUUUUUUCUCCGGGGACCAAUAUUACCGCUACAACGAUCAGAUAUUUGACGUGGACAAUGGCGGAUACCCACGUGAUAUCGCCACGUGGUGGCUGGGAUGCCCGGAUAAAAGUCAGAUACAAGCGUUCGACAGGCAGAAAUCUAUGCAAGCAAACAAUAAUAACAAAAACAAAGAGCCAGGUGUUACAUACAGCCACAACAGCGAGAGUUCCGACGCAGACGAACAGUGGAUCACCGUCGAUGAUGACGUAGCAUUCCAAAGCGGUCUCCAUAGCGACAAUGGCGUCACAAGAUACAGUUCCGCCGAGCGGCGAUACAGUGAAGCGCGAAACAUAGCGUUUCUUGUGUAUAUCAGCCAUUUUUGUACUCGUCUUUUCGCAUUGUGAUAUUCUUACGAUAUGUGAAAUCAAUAUGAUACGAUAUCAAUCGUUUAUAGUAAAUAGAUUUUUUAUAAAGCUAACAUAGUAUUAUACUAUAAAACUAAUAACUUUACAACAUUUAUAACAUCAAAUUCUUCCAAUUAUUUGUCAUAGACUGACUAUUCUUAUUGUACUGCUGUUCCUUUCUUUUCUGCAAUAACUACGAUUUAUAUGUGUACUAACGACAUUUUCUUCAGAUCAUGAUUUUGUUUUAGUUUCCGAGUAAUGAGUUGAUAUUCUGUCAAUUAGAUAGUGUAUGCGAAAAAGGGACCUAUUCCCAAAUUCACGGGCAUAUUUAAAAAGACGUGUGUCAUUGAUUCCAAAAAAGAUAUAACAUAUUUCUCUAAAAAAGCGAAAGAGCGCUCAUAAUACAGAAGCUGUACACAAACCUGUUGUAAAUGAAUAUGUAUCAAUGGCAAAUAAUAAAGCACUUUUGCAACCUUGUCCUUGGAUACUUUCCCAUCAUUUUCGACACAUAAAUCACGAAAUGACGUUAGAAUAACGGUCAGAAAAAAAACAAGCCUAUUUAUUAUAGAGGUCAGCUGCUCACAUCGCUAAACCAAACAUCGUGGGUUCAAAUCUUAACUUUGAUAGACGGCAAAUAUGUUUGCUAUAUGUCUCUGUUAAAGAAUAUAUAAAAAGUAUUGAAAAAGAGGUUCUGUUAAUAAGUUAUUAUCAUGAUGAAGUUUGAAUGCGUUUAAAUGUGAUUGCGAUAGAUUGCCUAAAUUGUGGUAAAAUACAGAUUGUAUGUACUACACAA